AUGGGAGCCCUGGACCCAGCCUCCGGAGCCAGCAGCCCCGCGCUCACCAUGCUGAAUGGGGCCCAGAGCCAAAGUUUUGCCAAGGAGCCGCUGGAUCUGCAGGGGGCCAAGGAGCCGGCUGAGCUGAAGAUGGGCGUCCCGGAGCGGUUCUACUUCCCCGACGCCCCGGCUCCGGAGGGCUACCCGCUGAGCCUGCCCUACAGCGCCCCGAUGGUCCCCGGGGGCUUCGGGGGCAGCGCUCCGGCCUCCGGCCGCUUCCUCAGCCCGGCCCUGAGCAGCUGCUCCACCUACAGACCCCAGCCGCCGCCCGCCGCCGCCCAGCCGGGCGGCCACGGCUUCGCGCUGCCUCCCGGCGAGCUCUACCCCGGCGGCGGGGAGCUCUACCCGAGCCCGGCGGCGGGGGACAGCUGCUACCCGGGCGCCGUGCAGCACGUGUUCCCCCGGGGCCCCCUCUACCCGGUGCCCGGGUACCAGCUCUCCGGCAAGGUCCAAGUGAUGCUCAACAACUACCCGCUCUGGGCCAAGUUCCACAAGCACCAGACCGAGAUGAUCAUCACCAAGCAGGGCAGGCGGAUGUUCCCGUUUCUCAGCUUCAACCUCUCCGGGCUGGACCCCGUGGCUCACUACAGGGUCUGCGUGGACAUUGUCCUGGUGGAUCAGCACCACUGGAGGUACCAAGGCGGGAAGUGGGUCCAGUGCGGCAAGGCCGAGGGGAACAUGCCAGGUAACCGGCUGUACAUCCACCCCGACUCACCCAACACCGGGGCCCACUGGAUGCGCCAGGAGGUCUCGUUUGGAAAACUCAAGCUCACCAAUAACAAGGGGGCAUCCAAUAACAUCACACAGAUGAUCGUGCUGCAGUCGCUGCACAAGUACCAACCGCGGCUGCACGUGACGGAGGUGAAGGAGGGGGAAGGGGAUGAGGCCUACCCCUCCGGCAACACCCAGACCUUCAUCUUCCCGGAGACGCAGUUCAUCGCCGUCACGGCCUACCAGAACGCCGACAUCACUCAGCUGAAAAUCGACCACAACCCCUUUGCCAAGGGCUUCCGGGACAACUUCGACUCGAUGUACACGACAGCAGAGGGCGACCGCGUGACCCCGUCCCCGCCCGACGCCACCAGCUGUCAGCAGCUCCUGCCCGGCAGCCGCUUCCCGUCCUUCCUGCACGAGCAGUACCCGCUGCCCCAGAGCCGCUACUACAACGGGGAACCGCUGCAGCACAAGGAGCACCCCCGCUGGUACUUCGCCUCCCAGCAGCCCCCCGCCGCCCCCCUGGAGUACGGCGCCUACGAGGGCAGCUACGGCGGGAACAAGUACAUGCCCUUCGGCGUGAAGGCCUUCCCCCUGCCGGCCUCGCCCCAUGCCACCCUGCCCUACUACCAGGAGCCCCACCCCUUCGGCUCGCCGCCCGCCGCCUGGCAGCCACCCGCCAAGCCCGGCCCCGGGGCGCUGGGCUGGUUCCGGCCCGUGCGGGACAUCCGGCCCCUGCCCGCCGGCGAGGAGAAGGGGAAGGACGCGGAGGGCUGGGCCGAGCCGGCCUCGGUCAAGUCGGUGGACUCCUCGGACUCGGGGCUCUUCGAGGCGGAGUGCAAGCGGCGCAGGGUGUCGCCCUACGCCUCCAGCGCCGAGAGCUCGCCCCCCGCCCGCAACGGGGACCUGUACGACAAGGACGGGGGCGCCGACCCCGGCUACUACGGCUUCUACGGCAACUGA